AAGAAGUCAAACAAUUUGGUACCAGUUGCAUUGUUUUACUUGAGUUAGGCAUGGUGCUAGAUUACGUCAUCACAGUGUGGGAUUCCCCAGAGCCUAAAUCCUUCAACUCGCAGAUCUACACAGAAUGGGCCAACCAUUACCUGGAGAGGGCGAGAAACAAGAGGAAGAUUGUGGACCUGCACAACGACAUGGCGGAUGGCGUUUUGUUGGCUGAUGUCAUCGAGUCCGUCACUGGUGAGAAAAUCAAGGACAUAAAGCCAAAGCCAAAGAAUUCUGCUCAAAUGGUUGAAAAUAUCAACACCAGCUUGACGUUUUUAGCAAGUCUUGGUGUUAGUGUGGAUGGUGUUAGUGCUAAAGAUAUCAAAGAUGGCAACUUGAAGUCGAUUCUGGGCCUGUUCUUUAGUCUGUCAAGAUACAAACAGCAGCAGAAACAGCAAGAACAGCGGGCGCAGACAGCCUGUGACAGCAAUCUAAUGCCUGUACAGCAUGGCACAUCCAACAUGAUGUCAGGGCAGCAUGGCACAUCCAACAUGAUGUCAGGGCAGCAUGGCACAUCCAACAUGAUGUCAGGGCAGCAUGGCACAUCCAACAUGAUGUCAGGGCAGCAUGGCACAUCCAACAACAUGAUGUCAGGGCAGCAUGGCACAUCCAACAUUAUAAUUGGAGAUACAAGAUUACCAUCUCCAUCAAAGCAAGGGACAAAAUCCAGUGGCCAGACACCGGUGCCCUCCCCUCUGUGCCCAGUGGUGAAGGACAAUGGAAGUGCCAGCAUCAUAACCCGCAGGAGCACCGAGAAGGGCCGUCUCCACCAGAACCAACAAGCUCCACCCGCCCCUGUCUCAAGCGGCAAUGGCGGCAACACAAGUUCCUCUUCACUGAUACCCCUGAGGUCUGGAAAUCCAAACGCUGGAGGGCCCGUGCGAGCCACGUCACCAGCGGCUCCUCCCUCUGGAAUCCCAACUCCCAUUGGUAAGGGGAUUCCAACCUCUCGGAGCCAGACUCUCUUGGACAAGAAGUCAAACAGGACCAGUGCAGGUUCCACCACCUCCACCUCCUCCUCCAAGAGUACCACCUCCUCCAAACCACCCUCCCACAACAAAAACUCAAUGUUGGACAAGUUUAAGUUCUUCAAGGACAAGGAUAAAGACAAAGAGAAAAGUAAAGGCGUUGUUAAGAGUAGCUCUAAAAAUAGCAGCACCAGCACAAGUACGAGCAGCUCAAGAAGUGACAGUGAUUCUAAAACUAGCAGCAGCGACCCUUCUUCCUUCACCAGCAGCCAGAGCUCCAGCUCCAGUGAUCAUGCCAUUCUGGCGGGGGCUGUUGGUGGUGCCAGCAACAAGGGAACUCCAACCAAAGGCACCUCCAAGUCUGGCAAAAAGUCUCUGGUCAAAGCUUUCAGCUCCAAGAAAGAUUCACCAGAAGAAAGACCUGAUGGUCCUCCACCAAUUCCUAGUGCUGUUGGGCUUGGUCCUCCCACUGGAGGACCCUACCCAGCCCAGGCAGGUCUCGUCCAGAAAAAUGUGUCUCCAAAUGCUGGGAGAAAAUCUGGAGCUAAAUCAGAGUGGCCAGACCAGAAUGACCCAAGACUAGCAACAGCUAGCCCUACCCCAUCAACAAAAAAGGCUUCCAAACUAAGCAGCUUAACUUCUAUCCCCAAAACUCAGUCAUCAUCCUCUAGUAAAUCAUCUAAAACAUCAACAUCACCACCCAUUCCUUCAUCAUCUUCAUCAACGUCUAUUCCAGCAUCAUCAUCUGGCAUACCCAAACCAAGCUCCAGUAAAUCUUCUGGUAAACUUUCCAAAGAAGAGAAAGCCCGGGCAGCUGCUGCUAGUAAAGAAUACAAUAAAACACUUUAUAAAGAUCUGCCUGGUGUUAAUGUGCCAAAGACUUUUGGCUCUUCCUCCAGGACUUCGUCCCAGCAGCAACAGCAGGUGUACCAGCAACAGCAAUUGCAGCAGCAGUCGCAACAGCAACAAUUGCAGCAAUUUCAACAGCAACAAUACCAGAGUCGACAACAGCAGCAUUAUUCGCAGCAAGCUGCGUAUUCUGUUCAACAACAGCAGUACCAGGCCCAGCAUUAUCAGCCUGGUGCCACACUAGAACAUCAGCACAACAUGCCUCAUGGCUACAUCCCGCCUUAUGCCCACAACCCUGGCUAUGCCACCCCCACACGUGUUCCUUCAAACCCUCUUGUACAGAACGUGCACCCUCGGGUGAAUCUGCAAAAUAUGGAGCGCCAACAGCAGCAUCAGGCAAGUGAACAAGCCAGUGCCUUCACUCCAGCUCAGCAGAGGAGCACAGCUCAAGCUUCCCACUAUGUGCCUGUGACCAUCCCUGCUGUUAACCUGGAUACUCACCCCUCACAGGCUGGCCACCCCUCACAGGCUGGCCACCCCUCACAGGCUGGCCACCCCUCACAGGCUGGCCACCCCUCACAGGCUGGCCACCCCUCACAGGCUGGCCACCCCUCACAGGCAGGGCGCAGUGUCAAGCAAAUUCUCCCACAAAGUCCAAUGAUGAGUCCAAAUUUAGGCCGUCACAAUCCAUCAGUGAAUGUUGUCAAACCGACAAUGUCAACACCACCUACCUCUUCACAAAAGGCAACCAAAUCCGACAGCAACACCCAGACCAAUCUCUCUGUCCUGCAACGUUCUGUCACUCCAAAGCAAAUUCCUCAAGAUUCAAGCAAAUCCUCUGUCAGCUCUGGGGAUACAACUAUUCCACCCUCCCCCUCAAUGGGCAGGACUAAACAAAAUGUAUCUAAUAUAGACAGUUCUGUUAAACAAAAUCUAUCUAAUAUGGAAAGUCCCAUUCAAGAUUUGAAAAAUAAUUAUUCCCUUAAGAAAGAAUCCAAACAAGAGAGUUCUAGUCAAGAAAAUCUGUUGACUGACAGGUCUGACCCAACUGGGCUGUCUAAGCUGACCAUCAAAGACAAUGUAGCUCUGGAGAAGCCACUGACUCCAUCCAACACCAAUUCACCAAAGCUUGGUGUCAAAAUGCUUGGGUCACAUAUUUCCAAAAAUGCCAGCAAUGUUGCUGUAGUCCAGCCCAGACCGGGUGAGAAAAUGGAGACAACAUUUGAUGCGGAAGUCCGCACUGAAACAAUGAACAAAAUGAAUGCAGAUCUGGAUAUCAACAAAAGCCUGAUGGGUAAAGAGACAACAUUCCUCACCCCCGACAAAGAUGAGAAGACGACAUUUCUGGAUGAUGCAGGAGAGGCCAUGGAUAUUAAACCCAUGCCACCAAUCAUGCGUGCAUUACCAUACGGAUACUUUCGUGGAUAUACUGGAUAUGGAGGUUUUAACAAUAGAAAUUUCCACAUUCCUGGCAUCUCAGUUCCAACAACCACCAUGUAUGCCACCAGAACUUCCAGCGUCCACGGCUUGGGUAUGCAGCGUCCACUAGACCCAGGCCAGAGCAAGUUUUACUCUGGUCAGAUCAAACGGAUCAACUCAAGUAACUGUCCCAACUCUACAUCCAGUGAUGCUGACUAUGCCUCAGAAUCUGACACAUAUGAUUACGUCUCGGGUUAUAUGUCUGAUGGAGAUAUUCUAAAAAACAACCGCAAUAAUGUGAGCGGUGGAGGAGUGGAUGAGUGGAGCAGUGGAUAUCUAAGUGAAGGUGGAGCUUCCUUGUACGCACGCAGACUGCAGCAGAGAUUCCGUGAGGGCAUGCAGGCAGUCAGAGAGUGUAUGCAGAAAAGUAGUGGCCUUAUGGAUGAUGACAGCUUCUUUAGACGCAGAUUUUCUGUGCGUUUUGAUGACAGCAGCUCCAUUAGCAGCGGUGAGAUCAGUGACACCAUUGCUGAGAUGAGCACUGACGAGAACCUGACGGGCUCCUCACAGGGGGCCCUGUCUGACAACCCAUACAACAGUUUAAAGAGGGCCCCAAAAGACAUCCUCAGUUGUUUCACUAACAAUGGAGGCAUGGGAGGCCACUCUAGUCUGGUGGGCAAGAGAGUGCCCAAUCUGGGCACCAGUGCCUUCAUGGGGUCGGACUACAACAGCGAGCCUUGUGGACCCUGGGGCAGGAAGUACUCACUCAGUCCUGGGAAGUACCUUAGCAACGACCCUAACAAGUACCUUAGUAAUGACCCAAAUAAACUUUUAAGCAGUGACCCCAGCGACUAUGGCUGGCCAUCAUCUAGAAGUGAUGGAGGUUAUAGUUCAUUGAGGAAAAUGUCCAAUGGCAGCAACCCUGACUACGCCUACUACUCAGAGGGAGAUUAUGACUCCCCCCACAGGGCGUACUCCCCAGGGUCAGGCAGGAAGAGAGACACAGAGACCAACACAGACCAGUCGCACCUGCUAGAGGCCAGCAUGAGGCGGCUCCAGACAGGCCGGGGCAACAACACCUCCCUGAGUACCAGCCCGGGCUCACAGUUUGGCUACAGGAGGCCACUCAGCAACACUAGCAACUCCUCGGGGGGCAGCAGCAAAAGUCUGGCUGGCUCCAAGGGUCAGGGCUCAUCCGCUGUGGGCAGCCGUUUAGCCAAGCAUGGUGUUGACACUGGCCAGCGGCCAUUACAAGACCUGAUGCUGCCCCGCCCAGCCAGCGCCUCAGGGAAGCCGCUGAACCCUGACCUGGCCAUGAUGGAGGGCUACAGCUCCUCCACACUGGACAGGAAAAAGAAAAAUGGCGGCUUGACAUCCAGCAAGUCCACAGGAUGUACUCAAACAGAAUGUCAGUCCGGCUCACUUGGUCGACGCAGACUUUUUGGAAGCAAAGGAAGCUUAAGCAAAUCUCCCCAGGGAGAGCAAUCCAGUCCAACAAUGCUUGGAGGGACAAUCAUAUCUAAUCCCCACGCAACCUAUGGCCGUGAGCAUCAGACCAGCCACUAUGUCAACUUGCAGGAGCUGCAGGCCAGAAUGCCUGGAUCAAAUUAUGUGCCCUUGGAAUUUGCCUCAAGCCCCAGAAAUUCUGGAAGUCCUGCAAUGGGAAGUAUGUGGCUGAAAUCUUCUACCUCCAGUAAUGGGGUGGGUCUGCCACCACCUCUCCCACCACACCAUCCCUUCCACGCCCACGCCAUGUCAGACUCUGAAACCAUUGAGUCACUGGCCCACCAGGCCCGGGCCACUGCCAGAAUGCUGGCCCAUCAUGCAGAUAUGCUCCCACCCCCACUUCCUGGCUCCUCCCCCUCUUCAUCCAACCACUGUCUCCAUCGCUCCAACAGCAUCAAGUCAGACAGCGCUUACUGUAGCACUAAACAUUCCUCAUUCAACGAGGAUCUGCCCCGCACCGGGUCCUUCACCCAGCUAGCUAGUCCACAGUGCCACACUGUACCUGCCUCUCCUACUUUAAGUCACUCGUCUAGAUUCACUUAUCCCAUGGCUUAUGGUCCAACUUUUCUCCCAGGGCCCUGCAUGGUGCGCUCCAGCACCCAGUCUAGCCUACCCUACUCUGGUCUGGGCAAGAGAACCAGUCGAGAAGAAGAUGAUAGUCUUCAUGGGUCCAAUCUAUCGCUUGUAUCAAGCUCAUCAUCUGUCUAUUCAUCUGCUGAAGACAGACAUGCACAUGAGGUUCGCAAACUAAAGCGUGACCUGAUGAUAGCUCAAGAGAAGGUCCAAAAACUGACCAACCAGCUGUGCACAAAUGCUCAUGUGGUGUCAGCAUUUGAGCAGUCACUGUCCAGUAUGACAGCCAGGCUGCAGUCACUGACUUCCAAUGCUGAGCAUAAAGCAAGUCUGCCUGACACCGAGCUCAAUGAGCUUAGGAUGACAAUAGAAGCUCUUAAACGUCAGAGCAAAAUGACAUUACAGGAGCCUGUCAUUAGCCCAACUGCUACAAGAAGACAUACAUCACCUGCCAUGAAAGACCUACAAAUAGGUGAUGCCAGAAUAGCCCGCCAGAUGUCCUCAGACAGUGUGUCCAGCAUCAACAGCUUGUCCAGCGCAUGCAGCAUGACCAGCCAGCAGUCAGCACACACAGACAGUGAGGCCAACAAACGACUGGCCAAGCAGGCAAAGAAGAAAGGAUGGUUGAGAAGCUCCUUCAGUAAAGCUUUCUCCAGAAAGAAAGGCAAGACAGGCUCACUGUCUGAUGUUGAACCAGACUCCCACAGCCUGAGGUCUAAUGCCUCGGCCCCCAACUCUCCACUCAUGCAACUUGGACACAUGGGGGCUCCAUCAAUGAAAGGGUCACACUCUUCUGGCGCUCUGUGUGACAAUGACGUCAAUGCCCUGAAGCAAGCACUGAGGGACAAAGACAUGAAGUUGACAGACAUACGACUUGAAGCUCUUAGCUCCGCCCACCAGCUGGAGCAACUCAGAGAAACUAUGACCAAGAUGAAGAAUGAAAUGAGUGCCUUGAAAGCUGACAAUGACAGGCUCCACAAGAUGAUGUCCACCUCCCAGUCAUCUAGAACAUUAUCACACGGAUCCAUGUCACCACAUCACACAAGAACAAGUACUGACUCGUUAGAUCGCUCGUUUAGCAUGACAGAUCACAGCAGUCUAGAUAUGCUACUUGCUGAGACUGCUGCCAAUGAUCGGGAUGGGAAGAGAGUGACAAUAUCUGUGGUCUUGGGUUCAAAUCCAGAUCCAACUAGGACAGGCUUAGAUAAACCAGUGGAAAUCCUAAUCGGCACACUGUCAGUGAGUGGCAAGACCAAAUGGGAUAUAUUAGACAAUGUGAUCAGGAAAAUAUUUAAGGAAUAUGUUCUACGUGUGGACCCUGUGACAAAUCUUGGUCUCAGUGCUGAGAGUGUUUACUCUUACAUAGUGGGAGAAAUAACCAGAACCAAGGACUCAGAGCUGCCAGAGUUACUGCCCAUUGGCUAUUUGGUUGGUGAUACAACACAGAUAGAAAUUUGUUUGAAAGGCACCAAACAGUCGUGUGUGGAUUCACUAGCGUUUGAGACAAUGAUCCCCAAGACAAUAGUGCAGCGCUAUGUCUCCCUGUUACUGGAGCACCGUCGCAUUAUUCUGUGUGGACCCAGUGGAACUGGCAAGACAUACCUGGCACAAAAGUUAGCGGAACACGUGGUGUUGAGGUCAGGAAGGGAGUUAACCGCUGGGUCUGUGGCAACUUUUAAUGUAGACCACAAGUCAGCUAAAGAACUCAGGCAAUAUCUGGCCAACAUAGCUGACCAGUGUGAAAACACAAACGUCCACGCUUUACCCUCAGCAAUUAUAUUGGACAAUCUGCACCAUGUGACCUCAUUGGCUGAUGUUUUCAAUGGUUUCCUCAGUGUCAAGUAUCAAAAGUGCCCAUACAUCAUUGGAACAAUGAGUCAGUCUUCGUGUUCUACAACAAACUUGCAGCUGCAUCAUAACUUUAGGUUUGUCCUCUGUGCCAACCAUAUGGAAGUUAAAGGAUUCCUGGGAAGAUUUCUUCGACGUAAAUUAGUUGAAUCUGAGAUCAGGACAGGAAUACGAAACAAUGAUUUAAACCGGGUGGUUGAUUGGAUCCCUAAAGUUUGGGCACAUCUAAACAAAGCUUUAGAGUCACACAGCUCAGCAGAUGUCACUAUUGGACCUCGACUUUUUAUGUCUUGUCCCAUGGACAUCAGUGGUUCUCAAGUUUGGUUCACUGACCUCUGGAACUACACGUUGGUGGAGACUGUAAGGGAGGGUUUACAGGUGUAUGGCUGCAGGAGUGCGUGGGAGGACCCCACUGACUGGGUCCUGGAAACCUACCCCUGGCCUAACAGAGGUUCAGGCAACAGCCUGAUGCACAUUCGAGCAGACGACUUAGGCUAUGAGCAACAGGCGCCCAUGUCUCCAUCCAACUUGUCUGGAAAAAGUAAAUCUCCCAUCACAGACAGUAAGGAUGGAGAUCCAUUGGUGAAUAUGCUAAUGAGAUUACAAGAAGCAGCUGGCACCUUCAACAACCCUCACAGUAAUAACGACAGUGACAGCACUGACAGUCACAACAGUAUUCAAGAUUUCUCCACCAGUUCUGGUGUAGAGUCAAGGCUGUGAUCACAUGACCCAUCAACUUGCUAAAUUGUUAAUGUGUCAAGUUUUUUAAAUGGGCUUUCAGUAUUUAAAGGAAACAAAAACUUUUUUGAUCAAAAUCAAAUUCUUAUAAAUUAGUCAUUAAUUAAAUAAUUUAGACUUACAUUAUUUUCUUUAUACUUGAAUUUAAAUAUCAAAAACUUUUAGCUAAUAUAGAAGUGUUUACUAAAACCAGUAGAAAUCCAUUAAUGAAAUCAAGUAUGUUUACUAAAAACCAGUAGAAAUCCAUUCAUGAAAUGAAGCAUGUUUUAUGAAAUGAUGUAAGAAAGUUGAAGAAAAGUUACUGGCUUUUUGGUUUCAUGCAUCAGUCAGCUGAUGGAAUAAGUUGUACAUAUUGUUGCAGUGCACUUUGAUCUGUGCAUAUAUUCUCAGAUGAACCAAAUGGUUGGUUAUCAUAAAAUCAUUUAUAUACUUAGCUUCCUAAUAAGAAAGAUAAUGGAUUUGUUACUUAUGUGAAAUGGUCUUGACUUGUAGUUGCUUGGUUUGAUCUGUACAGAAACUGCUUUGUAAAUUUUUGGUCACUUAAUAUAGUUUUAAAAAGUCGAGUGCUCAUAGAAUUUAACACUUAAAUCAGAAUUUAAUUGUAUUUUUAUUAAAUGAUGGUUUGAAGUGUAAACAGUUGAGAUAUUUGAUUGGUUGAUGGUUUGAAGUGUACCAAUUCAGAUUGUGUGUUUACUAGUCAAUACUUAUUUUAUACAUCAGCUUGAUGAAGUUUCCAGUUUGUGAGUUUCUUAAACAUGAUAGUUGGCAUGUUUGUAAUCAAAACUGCAAGCCCAGAACAUAUUGUAAAACUAUCUUCAAGUUGAAUUAUUGGACCUGAUGUUCUUACAUAGACUUACUGAGGAUAGUUCAAGUCUGAUGUUCUUACAUAGACUUACUGAGGUUAGUUCAAGUCUGAUGUUCUUACAUAGACUUACUGAGGAUAGAUCAAGUCUGAUACAUAGACUUACUGAGGUUAGUUCAAGUCUGAUGUUCUUACAUAGACUUACUGAGGAUAGAUCAAGUCUGAUACAUAGACUUACUGAGGUUAGUUCAAGUCUGAUGUUCUUACAUAGACUUACUGAGGUUAGUUCAAGUCUGAUGUUCUUACAUAGACUUACAGAGGAUAGUUCAAGUCUGAUGUUCUUACAUAGACUUACUGAGGUUAGUUCAAGUCUGAUGUUCUUACAUAGACUUACUGAGGUUAGUUCAAGUUUGAUGUUCUUACAUAGACUUACUGAGGUUAGUUCAAGUCUGAUGUUCUUACAUAGACUUACUGAGGUUAGUUCAAGUCUGAUGUUCUUACACAGACUUACUGAGGAUAGUUGUCAGAAUCUGAUGUUUAAUAUUAUCUGAUUUCUCAAUAAGUCAUGAGAAACUUCAAAUGACAAUUUAGUUAGACGACUCUACCACAGCUUGUGGUUUUUUUCUUGAUUUGGCUCUGUGUCUUUAAACUAUCACAAUGGUUAUUUGGUGAUCUGUAUCUGUCUGUGGAUUUAUUUAUUAUCAAACAUAUGAACCAAAUAUGGAUUUUUAGUACAUUAGUAUUCAGAUUUAUCUUAAAAUAAAUUAUUUGUAUGUAAAAAAAUGUAAUGUUUAGUAUGUAAUUUCUGUACAUAUUCAUUAUCCUUAAUAUUUUAUUUAAAUGUAAUGAGUUUUAUGAUAUGGGCUAUGAAAAUAUGUGCCAAAUAUGUGCUUACAAAAAACUACAUAGCAAUAUUCAAUUUUAGCAAACUAUUUGAAUUUUUGAUGUGAAAAUGAAGUAGCCACUCAUAAGGCCCUGUAUUCCCAUUGUCAAUUUUUCUCCUACACUGUACUGUCAAUUUCAGCUAUACUGUACUGUCAAUUUCUGCUACAUUGUACUGGCGAUUUCUGCAACAGUGUACUGUCAAUGUCUGCUACAAUGGACCCUACCAAGAAAGCCUCUAAGUUAUUAGAGAGGCCCAUUAAAUAUUUUUAAAAAUCAUGCACAGUGUAACUAAAAUUAAUAUGGUUAUAAAAUCCUGACUGUUUGGAUUUGGUCUGACUUUAAAAAUAGAGUCGAUGUAUUUGAUGGUUUAGUAUUUUCGGUAAUAAAACACAAUUUUAAAAAAAAAGGCAAAAGAAAUUUGGUUUUCAUGUGGUAAUGGUGACAUAAACGAAGAAAUCCGUUAUUUGUUAGGCUGGCAUACAAAAAGUAAACAAAAAUGGCAGAACUUGGUCAUGUGGUUUAAAAUAGCAUAAAUUUAUUUUAAAACUUUAUCAGCAACAUUUUGUAAACUAAUAUGGGAAUGUCAGAAAAAGCUAUCACUGAGAUCCGGUACAGCCAAUCAAUGUUUGUCUUAUGAAAGUGAAACAUUUGGUUAUAACUUAGGCUUGAUGAAAAUAAAUAAAAAUGUAGCCUUAAAGUCAAUAACUUAUUUUAAAGUUCUCUAGAUUUGCAACUUUUAUAACAUUGAUUCUAAAAAUAUUAAAAUUCUGAAUCAUUUUUAUUAUUUUUACGGUUACUUUGAUUGCAAAACCUAAAAAAAACCCGAAUUUUUUUAUGCAUGUCAACAUUAUGAUGAAAGGAUUCUUGUCAACUUGGUGGUGUCCAUUUCUGCUAUAAUUUUUUACUGUCAAUUUCUGUUACAAUUUUUGUGUUGUCAUAAAGCUUAAUUCAAACUCACAAGAACUUGGGAAAGAAAAUAUUUAUUGAGAAUUUCAUAUUGGUUUUAAAUCAAGUUCCCAUCUAAAAAAUUUUUUUUCUAGUCUUCAACUAGUCUUUAGGUCACAUUUUCAUAUUUGUACCAUUUGUAUCAUUGAUUCAUCAUAUUUUGUGAGAGCAAGUAGCAUGAAAGUAAAUAGUAGGCAAAGGAAGAAAGUAGCAUUUCAUUAGAGGGUAGCAGGUUUUAAGAAGCUUCAAAACUAAAUAUCAAACAAUUGCAAGUUUGCUCAAAGUGCAGUUCUGUAUUUGGUUAAGUUAAAUGAGAAUAAAUGGAAGAUUCUGAUGCCAGAUAAUGUGGAUCAUUUUUCAUCAUCAGUAAUUUAGAUUUGGUGGAGUGGGUUUCCAGUUUUUUAACAGCAUUCAUCUCAUUCCCCAUCAGCAUUGAAGCAAUAAGACACUUUAAUUCAAACAAUUUUAAUUCCAUAAAUCACUGUUAAAUUUUAUUUUGCCUAUCCUACAUCUGUGAAGUGAGUUAUAUAAAAGUUAAAAUAAAAAAACAUGUAAAAAUUAAAAUAAAAACACAUAGGGUAGGGAUUUUAACCUAUGUUUUACCUACUAAACAAUAUUUAUUUUAAAAAUUAAAUAUACAUUAAUAAAAACAUAACUGCAUAAUUUUUAAUUGAACAUUAUUUAUGAAUGUAAAUCUAAUAUUUUAUUUUAAAAUAGUAAUUGAAUUUAGCUGUAAAUACUGCAUACUGCCUUCAGUUGACUGUGCAAUUUAUGUGUUUAUUAAUUGUACAACUUUUUAAUUUACAGAAGCCUGUAUUUUACUUGAAUGACUUUUUAAUUUACUGAAACCUGCAUAUUAAUGACAAGAAAAAAAGAUAUGCACCAAACAGUAAUAAUGAUGCAACUUUUCUAUAGAAUACUCAUUGUAUUGUGUUCCCUUCAGAUGGUUUGAUGGUUAUUAAGGGGAAGUUAUUAUGCAUUUAUUUUACACCCGUUUCUUUUUUAAAUGUAUUGCUGUUGUAUUUUUACAAUUAGCUGUUUGAAAAAAAGAUAUAUUUAUUUCUUAUUAACCAGCAGCAUACCAAAAUGCAGCUAAUUUCGUCAGCCAUGUUAUAAUUCAAAGACUGCUGAGUUUUGUAUACAGAAUGUAGAAACUUUGUUUAGAAAAUCAAAAACGACAAUUAGAUAAGAGAAUGAUACAAAUAGAUAAGUAGAACCAGCCUACCUUCUUGUUUACGUAGCAAUGAAGGAGGUUAAGAUAAUUUAGUCGGCAACUUCCCUUAGUCCCUAAACACUCCUUUAGCUGACAUGGUUAAGGGAUUAUGCAUUUUGUUUUCGUCAUGAGAACACUCAAUAUUGAGUUUUCGAUUUUCUGAACUUUUUUCUCUUGUAAUAUAUGUGCAUCUUUGUUUCUAUUUUAGGCAAUCUGUUCCUUUUAUUUUAGGCAAUCUGUUCCUUUUUUUUUGGCAUUCAAUUCCUUCUGUACAUGAUAUUUACUCAUGUACACAGACAUUGACUUAUGUACACCAGCAGUUGAUGUGUGUACACAGACAUGUGCACCAACAAUAGACUAGUAUACCCCAACCUGCUACUCAUGAUUUCAUUUCACUCUGAAUCAUGGAGCUUCAUCAAACUAAAAUUGUUUGUUCUCAUUUUAGGUAUCUAAGGGUCAAGGCCAUUUUAGGUCUCAAAGCUUCAAGGCUUUUUAAAAGAUAUCUAAGGGUCAUGCAAUUUCAUGGCUAGACCAUUCUAGGUAGUAAAGUUCAAUGUCAUUUUAGGUAUACAAGGGUCAAGGUUAAUCUGACCACCAAUUGUCUUUGAGAUAUAUCUGGUUAUGUUUUGGGUGUUGCUAUUUUUAAAAACCAGAUAGUGCAAACACUUUUUUUCAGUAUUGUGUCCUUAAAUAUUUGUAAUUACACAAUAAAAGAAAAUGAAGUAUUUAUAACCCUCAGUAUUUUAUGAGCUUUCUUAAGCUCUAAAUUAUAACUUUAGUAU